GAGAGGGGAUAUUUUGGUCAAUGUAGAUUGCUCAAAGCCCUUAAUCGCCGAGAGAGAGAGAGAGCAGAGAGCAGAGAGCAGAGAGAGUCCGUCCCGAUAAAACAAAACCCAGAACCAGAAGGCUUUCUUAAAUCCGCAGCCGCAGCCGCAGCCAGCCACAUCUCUAACCCUUUAAGGCUAUGUCGUCCUCCGCUCAAACCAUGUCUUCCUGGUUCAGUAAAUUCUCCAAAGCUGAGACAGGAGUCUUGUGGGAUCUGGAUGAUUGCCCAAUCCCUAGUGAUCAAACACCUGCGUCGAUCUCUGAUAAUAUCAAAUUAGCUCUCAAGAAUAAUGGUUACACUGGUAACGUUUCGAUGGUUGCUUAUUCCUCUUCUAGCGUGGAGCAGAUCAAUGAAGAAGAAGAGUUUGAAUCUGCCGGCAUCAAGCUUAUCGAGCCAGAUUCGAGGUCAAAACUGAUUUCCAUGUUUAAAGAUAUCCACAUCUGGGGAAUCACUCAUUUGAAUGAUCCAACAAAUUUGUUGAUCAUCUCCGACGACGACAUCUCCCAAAAUGAAGGUAUCGUAGAAGCAUUGGUGCGUUUGAGGAAAAGAGACAACAAUAUCCUCCUGUCUCACCCUCAAAACGCAUCAGGUCUGCUGCUCUCUACUGCAACAUCGGUUUGGCUUUGGAACAGCCUAUCAACUGGAGGGAAUCCUAUCAACAAAACCGGAAGCACCUCUUGUCCUCGAUGUGCCAAACGGCUUGCCAAUAAGCUGAAGAAGAAACGUCCGAUCAACAAACUCUCCGGCAAGUUUCUGGCGACUCUGUCUCGUAAAAGGAAGAAGACCGGCUAUUAAAGAACAGUACUAGUAAUGUUUUUUCUAUUUUUAAUUUUAGUAUCACUUGUUUGAACAAUAUGCCCCUAGUUAAGUGAUUCCUCUCGUCUCGUGGAUAUUGCUUCGUGUUUAUAGUAAUCUUUUGAAUUAAUGUUAUUUUAAUUAGCUUGCGCCAA